AUGGGUUUGUUAAGAAGUAGAAAAUUGUCUAAACCGAUCGUGGAAAUUCUUACAGGUGAUUUCAAACAUUCUAGAUAUUAUGAUUUUAUCUACAUUUUUUCAAAAGAGUCUGUUAAAAGAACCGUUGAACACAGGUCUCAUUCUUUGCUAUCAUUCAAAAAAUAA